AUGGUACUAAUAUUGGGACGCAGACUGAAUAGAGAGGAUAGUGGGAUACGAGAUUCCCCUGCAACCAAGCGGAAAGUUUUUGAAAUGGACCCAAAAUCGUUGUCAGGUCCUGAGUUUUUCGACUUCUCCUCGGGAUCAUCCCAUGCAGAAAGCAUUCUCCAGAUCUUCAAUGAAUUCCGAGAUAGCCGGCUGUUCACAGAUGUCAUCAUCUGUGUGGAGGGACGGGAGUUCCCCUGCCACCGCGCGGUCCUCUCGGCCUGCAGCAGCUACUUCAGGGCCAUGUUCUGCAAUGACCACAGAGAAAGCAGAGAGAUGUUGGUGGAGAUUAAUGGCAUCUUUGCUGAAGCCAUGGAUUGCUUUUUACAGUACGUGUACACGGGCAAGGUGAAAAUCACUACAGAGAACGUGCAGUAUCUCUUCGAAACAUCGAGUCUCUUUCAGAUCAGUGUUUUGCGCGAUGCCUGCGCCAAGUUCCUGGAAGAGCAGCUGGAUCCCUGCAACUGCCUGGGAAUCCAGCGCUUCGCAGAUACGCACUCACUCAAGACACUGUUCACCAAGUGCAGGAAUUUUGCGCUGCAGACAUUCGAGGAUGUGUCCCAGCAUGAAGAAUUCCUGGAGCUGGGGAAGGAUGAGCUUAUUGAUUAUAUUUGCAGUGAUGAGCUGGUGAUCAGUAAGGAGGAGAUGGUGUUCGAAGCCGUGAUGCGCUGGGUGUACCGCGCAGUGGAGUUGCGCAGACCAGUGCUCCACGAGCUCCUGACGCAUGUCAGGCUCCCGCUCUUACACCCCAACUACUUUGUUCAGACCGUGGAGGUGGACCAGCUGAUUCAGAAUUCCCCAGAGUGCUAUCAGCUGCUGCAUGAAGCCAGGCGAUACCAUAUCCUUGGAAAUGAGAUGAUGUCUCCCAGAACUAGGCCACGCAG